AUGAAGGCUCUCUGUCCCCCGUGUCACAGGCGUGGAUGAGCAAUCCCGGAGAAAGGAUGUGUGGAGGGAAAAGAUGACACCCGCCAUGGCAAACAAAAUCCGAAGAUUAUUACCGUGAAAGCAGAGGAAGGCACGGGAACACUAAGAGGUCCAAGAUGACAGAGGGCAGGCACUGCCAGGUGCACCUCCUGGACGACAGGCGGCUGGAGCUGCUGGUGCAGCCCAAGCUGCUAGCACGAGAGCUGCUGGACCUCGUGGCUUCGCAUUUCAACCUGAAAGAGAAGGAGUACUUUGGAAUCACGUUCACAGAUGACAUAGGUCAGCAGAACUGGCUGCAGUUAGAUCACCGGGUUCUGGACCAUGAUUUGCCCAAGAAACCAGGCCCAGCCAUUUUGCACUUUGCUGUGAGGUUUUACAUCGAGAGCAUCUCGUUCUUAAAGGACAGGACCACCGUGGAGCUGUUCUUCCUGAACGCCAAGUCCUGCGUGCACAAGGGGCAAAUCGAAGUAGACAGCGAAACCGUCUUCAGGUUAGCGGCGCUGGCUUUGCAGGAAGCCAAAGGGGAUUACACCAGUGAUGAAAAUGCCAGGAAAGAUUUAAGGACUCUGUCAGCCUUUCCAACCAGAACUCUUCAGGAGCACCCGUCCCUCGCUUACUGUGAGGACAGGGUCAUUGAGCAUUAUUUGAAAACCAGAGGUCUGACCCGGGGUCAAGCUGUGGUUCAGUAUAUGAAAAUAGUAGAAGCUCUACCAACCUACGGAGUCCAUUAUUACGCAGUAAAGGAUAAACAAGGACUUCCUUGGUGGCUUGGAAUCAGCUAUAAAGGAAUUGGCCAGUAUGACUUACAAGAUAAAGUGAAACCUCGGAAACUGUUCCAGUGGAAACAGCUGGAGAACUUAUAUUUCCGUGAGAAAAAAUUUGCUGUUGAAGUUCACGACCCACGGAGGAUUUCGGUAUCAAGAAGGACCUUUGGGCAAAGCGGCCUCUUUGUGCAAACCUGGUAUGCACACUCCUCGCUCAUCAAGUCCAUCUGGGUGAUGGCCAUCAGUCAGCACCAGUUUUACCUGGACCGAAAGCAAAGCAAAGCAAAAAUUCCUUCAGCCAGAAGUUUAGACGACAUCGCGAUGGAUUUGACAGAGAUGGGAGCCCCGAGGACCUCCAAACUGGUCACUCUGGAGGCAAAAAGCCAGUUCAUUAUGGCCAGCAAUGGCAGCUUGAUCUCCUCAGGUUCUCAAGACUCGGAAGUGAGUGAGGAGCAAAAGCGAGAGAAAAUCCUAGAACUCAAGAAGAAGGAAAAGCUGUUACAAGAAAAGCUCCUGAAAAAAGUUGAGGAGCUGAAGAAGAUCUGUUUGCGGGAGGCUGAGCUCACAGGCAAAAUGCCGAAGGAGUACCCGCUGGGCAUCGGUGAGAAGCCUCCGCAGGUCAGGAAGCGCGUGGGCACCGCAUUCAAGUUAGAUGACAACCUGCUCCCCAGUGAAGAGGACCCUGCUUUGCAAGAGCUGGAGAGCAAUUUCCUAAUACAGCAAAAGCUGGUGGAAGCUGCAAAGAAACUUGCCAAUGAGCCAGACCUGUGUAAAACCGUGAAGAAAAAACGAAAGCAAGAUUUCACAGAUGCAGUGAGAAAGCUGCAGGAGAUUGAAAACGCAAUAAAUGAAUACCGAAUUCGGUGUGGGAAGAAGCCGACUCCCUUACCAGAAGACAUAAUCCCCUCAGAAAGCAGCUCCUUGUCCGACACUACCACCUGUGAUGAUCCCAAUGACACCUUCACUCUUGCUGGGCAGCGAUCGAGUUCAGUACCUCAUUCUCCAAGAAUUCUUCCCCCCAAGUCUCUGGGCAUUGAGCGAAUCCACUUAAGAAAGUCGUCCAUCGGUGACCAGCUGUUGGAUGCCAGGCAGCCCAGAGAAAUGCUGUCGACACACAGCAGCCCUUACAAAACCCUGGAGCGGCGGCCCCCCGGCGGGCGGAGCAUGCCCACCACCCCCGUGCUCACCCGCAACGCCUACAGCAGCAGCCACUUAGAGCCCGAACCCCCCGCUCAGCACUGCCGCCAGCGGAGUGGCAGCCUGGAGUCCCAGUCGCGCCUGCUGUCCGAGCUGGACCACGACCGGCCGUUCUUCUCCCUCUGCAAGUCCCAGCGGAGCAGCAGCAGACGGAGGAGGUCCAGGAAGCAGAGCGCCGCCCCGUCGAGUUCGGGGAGCAUGCCCAACCUGGCGCAGAGGGACAGCCUGAGGAACGGCGUCCACGCCCAGGGCCACGAGCAGCCCUCCUCCUACUACAUCGGGUGCACGCCCUUCGCGGAGUGUGAGCUUUACUACGGCGGCGGCUACGUCUACGAGAACGACACGGAGGGACAGUACAGUGUCAACCCUUCCUACCGCUCCUCCGUCCACUAUGCAUACGACCGCCAGCGGGACUACAGCAGGUCCUUCCAUGAGGACGAGGUGGACCGGGUGCCCCAUAACCCCUAUGCCACCCUCCGGCUGCCCAGGAGGGCCGCGGGCUCGGAGCGCGUCACCAAGCACAUCCACAAGGCCCUGGUGGCGGAGCACCUGCGCGGCUGGUACCAGCGGGCCUCCGGGCAGAAGGAGCAGGGCCACAGCCCGCAGAGCAGCAUGGACUCGGACAGGGGCUCCCAGCGAUGCCUGGGCUGGGCGGCGCUGCAGGUGCCCUGCUCUCCGGGCAGCCGCGCGUCUUCCUACUCCUCAGUGUCUUCUACAAACGUUUCCGGGAGCUGGAGGACGCAGAUGACAGUAGGGCUUUCUGAGUACGAGGCCCCAGCACAUCCUUCCUACACCAGCUGCUACGGCAACUUCUACAGUCCUUUGCCCUCUCCAGGCAGACAGUACGCGGAGCCCGGGGCCCUGGACAGCGCGGACGGGGGCCGGCCGGCGGGCGGCCUGGAGGCGGCCGAGCAGGGGCUCCUCUGGCAUGAAGACUCCAAGCCCGGGACCUUAGUCUGAGCGGAGCCGGACUCCCCCUGCCCUGCGCUCUCACACCGUGUGCCUUGGAAAGGUGUUCAUCUUCCCAGAAGGCUGUUUGGCAUCAGAGGAUGAAAAGAGGACUCCCCUUGCCCCGCAGUGAACCCCACCCUCAGCCGCACAAAGUCCCGCGGACACCUGCCUCCCGGCAGCGGGGGCCACCGGGCCCACCAUGGCCAGGGAGGGCUCGGCUUCCUCAACAGCGAGCACUUUGUCAGGGAGUGAAGUUGUUGAAGGCAAACCCAAACUGUGCAAAGUGCUGCCAGGAUCUCCAAGAGCAACGAGGGCGGGGAUGCCAGAGCACAAGUCAGAACGGCGCCCGGGAGCCAGCGCGGCCACGCUCGCCCUCAGGGAGCGGCGGGGGAGCUGCGGGCGGACGCUGCUCCCCGGACAGGAACAUGGACAGUAUUGGAGAAUUACUUGAAGAGAAGCUGGGUCUUCAUGAAGUUCUGACGAGUGUAAAUGUUUUUAGGUUUUAUAAAGAAUGAUGGUUUCAUAAGCACCCGAAAGCGGGUUCCAGACAGACUUGCCGCCUGGCACCCUGCGAUGACCCCUGGGGGCCGCCCGGCCACCUGCUGGGGGGCAUCCAGGCCCCGUCCCCGCGCUCCUCCUUCCUGCUCCAGUGGCACGAGGAGCUGUUAUUCAGGCUGUUAGCGCUCCAACGUGGCUGUCAUUUGAAAUGGCAGACUUGAUAUGGGAAGUUUAUGAUCAAGAUUUUGAAAAUGUAUUUUGAGGUGAUACGGAAAGAACCCAAAACAAAAUAAAGAAAAAAAAGCACAUCAUUUUAGAUGAAUUGUGUGCCUUAGAAUGGUGACUUGUUAGAAAAGUAAGCUAUUGUCUGAAUUCCACAGGUAGUGCUAAGUCACCAAGUGACACAAACCAGAUUAGUCAUUAAAAGUACAAAAACUCCAACCUGCGGUAGAUUUAAUUAUGAGGCUAAAACUACCUCAUACUUUCCGUGGAAGAACUAAUUAGCUGUGGGUAUGGCUGAGUUUUUUAAACAAAUAUUUCCAUAUUCCAGAUCUUCUUUACUCUGCUUCAGAAUUCCAUAACAGGUGCUCCUUCCCCCUUUUCUACAGGUUUCUUGUUCAUAUUGUGACUAGAGCAGUUUCUGAACAACUUUUUGGAACUUUUUCUAUCUAUAUUCCAAAGCAUGUAUUAUUUACAUAAAGUGGGUUUGUUAAACUGGUCCUUAGUCAUUUGUAUCAUUAAAAAUGAAGUUUGGGGAGGAGGGGAAUUGGAACAAAAAAAGACAUGCAAAAAAUAACAUUCCUUUUGCAUACUUGUAUAGCCUUCUAGAAACAGAAAUACCUUUUGCAUAUUCUUUUACUGUUCUGACUUUUUAAGACCUAUUAUUUUUACAUAGGUCAAUAAACUGAAGUGUGCUACUGAAA